AUGGUUUUGCUCUUCUGGCUGUGCGGUCUGUCAUACAUGGCCCUGUGUAUGACGAUCACGCUCAGCUGUAGCCCGGUUUCCGACAACUGGCGAAUCCGGCCCUUGCCGGGUCCCCAAUGCACUUUCCGACCGCAAAACUUUUGGGUGCUAUUGUGGCUCAAUGUUCUGACCGACGCGGCCCUCCUUUCCAUCCCGGUACCGAUCCUGUGGCAUCUCCGGGUGUCUCUGAAGCGGAAGAUUGGCGUCGGCAUCUUGUUGUCGUCAGGCGUCUUCGUCAUAUCGACCGCAGUCGUGCGGGCAAUCACAACGCUGGGCGGCUCCCCAUCCAUCAUCAACAUCAACCGCUGGGGAUUCCGCGAAACCGCCGUCGGUCUCAUCACCGUCACCCUGCCCGUGCUGAGCCCCUUGGCCACGAGAGCGUUCUGGCGCCGCGGCCCGUACAUUCGAGAUUACUACGAUCGAGUCCCAGGCCCCCGGUCACAGAACAACGCGCGGUUCGGCAACUGGCUCGGCACCAUGGUUCUGAGGUACAUCGACGAGGAGGAGGGAGACGUCUUUGGGAAUCCCAACGCAGCCAAGCAGCUAGAAGAGGCGGGAUACAGACGAGAAUAUGCCGCACGGGCUGGGUCCUACCGUAAGGGCAGCUCGGAAACCUACGAAAUGGAGACAAAGAGCGGCGGGGCGAGCACGAAAAGCACGCAAGGGAUCGAGGGGGCCUGA